AUGCAAAUUUGGAAACCGUUGGUCUGGAGAAAUCUCCUCUUCUUGGCAAUCACACACAUGUGGAUUUCAGGAUUUGUUAGAGCACAAUUCAUCACACUAAACUCUAUUGAGAUAUUCACAAAGCACGACUGGUUCAAGCUAAAACAUACUGUAUACUUUCAAUGCAAAGGAGAGAACAAAACUGUUCUUCCUGAUGUCGUUAAACCCGGUAUCUUGUACACUUUUCGCGGUCAAGAAUCAUGGCAGCCUAUGACUGAAAUCGGUGGUGAAAAGUGUAAGCGAUGCGGAAUCUAUGAGCAAGGCAGCCUUGUUUCAGACAAAGAGUUUGAUGAAUGGGAGGUUUGUCCUACUGAUUUCUCUGCUAGCCAAAUCUAUAUGCACUUUAAAGAAAACGAGAUCAACGCUACGUUUGUCUGCCACGGUUGUGCCAAGGUCGAAUCUGUAUCUGCUAAAGCAACGACGGGUUCUAGUUCGAAAGAUGAAGGAGAUAACGGAUCAACAGUUGCGAUAGCGGUCGUGGCAGGUGUUUUGUGUGCAACUCUUGUUGUGGUUGGAGGUGUUUUUAUGUUCAAGCACUCUAAGAGGAUGAAGCUGCAAAGAGAUCAAGCUCGGUUUAUGAAGCUGUUUGAGGAAAGUGAUGAACCUGAAGAUGAACUUGGACUCGAACCUGUGAUAUGA